GGGACAGGUAUUUUCCAUGCAGGCAUUUUGCAGGCCGUUUUAGUUGGGUACUUCUUUUGUCCCAAGGCAGACUUCUCAUUCAGCUUUCACUGGCGAGUGUUCCGUUCCCUUACCAGGAGACCACAGGGUGGAGACAGCAGAAGGGGUCUCAUUGUUGGUCCCAUCCAUGUUCUCAUAACGCUUUCGCUGGCACUUGUGAGAAGGGGUAUUUACUAUUUUCCUUGCAGGCCUUUGUAGUUCAGUUGAACUACCUUUGUGUGGCAAGGCAGACACGGUGGGGCCAUUCCAGUGCGCUCUGGACCUGACUACUGCUGUGGUGAGGGAGUAGGAGAAAUGGAUGCCAAUGUAGUGAAAUUUCGCAAGUACCACCGUGACUUUAUCCAUAUGCUGAACAACCGGUACUUCUCCGGGAAAAAUCUGGCGGAGUCUGGGUAUGUGUUUGAGAGCACAGCUGUCAGUAGUAAUUUAGUCAUUAGAGAGAGCCUGGAGCACCCACUGAAGGUGUUUUUGCAGACACCAGAACUCUGCCAGGACAUGUUAAUCUACCAGUCUGACCAGUGCAGCGGCGGCCCAUCGAUGCCACGUGAGAGUAGACUACAACCAUCUGGUUUCAAGUCUUGAUUGUGGAGUUGGAAGAUUGUAUUGUAGGCUGGCUAGCCGAGUCCAUGACUACCCGUUCCUUUCUUCCUCUUCUCCACCCUUGAAACCGUCGGCUCACCUGAACUUCCCAGAGCUGAAAAGGUGGCUUUCCGGCGGUAUACGCACUAAGAGCUUUUUCAAUUCGGGCGUGGGACGGUAGUGAACACGGCAGAGCACUUUGAAAAAAGGCGCAGUCUCUGGCUCGCGGGCCUUGGAACGGUGGUGGCUUUGUCAACACUACCGGUUCCUUUGCUCUUCUUUUUCACCCGAAGCUGAAAAGGUCGCUUUUCAAUUCCGGCGGUAUACGCAGUAAGAAGCUUUUCAAUUCGGGCGUGGGACGGUAGUGAACGCGGCAGGGCAGUUUGAAAAAAAGGCGCAGUCUCUGGCUCGCGGGGCUUGGAACGGUGGUGGCUUCGUCAACUUAGGGGUCGUGUGAACUGGUGGUCUAGAGAUUUUUCACCAGUCUGCAGAGCUUACUUUGGUGUACCCUGACACCAGCUACAUUGAGAGAGAGAGAGAGAGAGAGAGAGAGAGAGAGAGAGAGAGAGAGAGAGAGAGAGAGAGAGAGGACUUCAUGUCUGCCGACUCCCCAGGACAGCUUUGGAAAAUUAGUAAAAAUUUAAAAUUACCCAUUCAACGAACGGAUUGACUUGUGUUGCAGAAUACGUAACUUGUAUUGCUGACUGAAUGGAUGUCAUGUAUCGUCAAGGUGGCACCUGACGGGAUCAAGCGAAUACGAUCUUCUAGAAGAGGGAUGCGCACUUUUGUUUUGUAGGGAUGAGCACACAUUAUUCCCCCCCCUAUGAAUCCACCUCUUCACCUUCACUAUGGCUUGAGCUUUUUUCCUGCCCCCCGUUAUGAAAGCUUGCAUGCUAGCCCAUUUGCAGCCUUCUUGGGGAGUAAAUUCCCUAAAUUGAC